AUGAAAGAUCUUGGUUCUCUCAGUUAUUUUCUUGGUCUCGAUGUCAUAUCCACAGAUAAUGGUAUCUAUCUCUCUCAAACUAAGUAUGCUUCGGAUUUUCUUGCUCGAGCUGGUAUAACAGAUAGUUGCACUGAGUCUACUCCUCUUGAGCCUAAUGUUCAUUUUACUCCUAUGGAUGACACUGUUUUGGAUAAUCAUACUCUUUAUCGACAGUUAGUUGGAGUACUAGUCUACUUAACUGUCACCCGACCAUACAUUGCCUAUCCGACAUACUCAGAUGCUGAUUGGGCUGGUGAUCCCACUGAUCAUCGUUCUACUACUUGUUAUUGUUUAUUUCUUGGCGACUCUCACAUUUCCUGUGCUAUUCAGAUUGCCCAUAAUGAUGUGUUUCAUGAGAGCACCAAACAUAUUGAGAUUGAUGAUCACUUUGUUCGACAACACAUCCUUAUUGAUGUUGUUCGUCUAAUCGCUGUUGGAACACUGGAUCAGACUGCUGAUAUAUUCAUGAAAGCUCAUCAUCUAACUCAUUUCGGACUCUAG